CCCCUCUGUAUGACUUCUCCCAUCUCUCAGCAUCUCUACCUUUAUCCGCCUUGCGUUUUCCGGUGGCUUCUCCCAGUGUCCACUACCGUUUAUAUACAUGCGAUAUGUUUAGUUGGCUACAUUUUUGUGUCUUCUGUUUCUGAUUGAGUGCUCUCGCCCAUCAAUGAUGUACGCAUAAUCGAUGUCCGUCUUUCUCCCUUCUCUUUCUUCUUUUCUUUUUCUUUUUUUCCCUCACAUCAUCUCUCUUUCUUUCUCUCGCCAUUCCUAUGUGCUGUAUUUUCUGUCUAUUUUCCGGGUAUAUUUGUUUUUCUUCUUCUUCUUCUUCUUCUUCUUCUUCUUCUUUUUUUUUCUUCUCUCUAACUCAUUUAUAUUGAGUGCUCCUAUAAAUUUUGUUUUAUUCGAUACUUGGAGAUUUUUCUUUCUCUAUUUUUGCACCUUGUGUCUUUAGCUGACACCUAAUGCUACAGAACAGCGAUGGCGGGCGUCAAACGUAAACUUGACUCUAGCAAAGGACCAACUGCAAUCCCGCCUGGCAGCGCAACAGGCACAGGAGCUUCCCCCAAAACGCCCAACUUCACAGGCGAUGAUACCGCUCAUAUCCGUGUGACACGGAGUCUACGUGCAAGUCAAGAUGCGCGUGCCCACCAAUCUGAUAACAACAAGAACAGUAACAGCACCCCAAUGCAUAAUAAGAGUAGUAAUCAUCGCCCUUUGUCGCGCAUAAUUACGCUAAGUACCCGUGCUGCCCGAGCUAAUACCGCUGCAAGAAAUGCAUUGAAUAAUGCAACAAAUAAUGCAGUGAACAGCUCAACAAAUGCUGCUCGUGAAACUCGGGCUUCUCGAACACGGGCUGCAGUCCCUACUGCUGCAACAGCAGCCGCAUCUGCACCAACUCAGCUUGACGGUACAGCAUUGAAUGCUCCUGAAACCCCACGGUCCAAGCGGGUUAGACGUGGUCCAGCGGUCGAAGAAACACCAAGAAGUACGAGACAGUCAGCUAGGCUGCGGUCCCAUGUCAGCACAGCCUUCAAUGAUAGCACUUCUUCUGAAGCAAUUUUAGCCAAACAACCAGAAGCAAGCCCUUCUAAGGGCAUCACUCCUGGUAGUAAGACUCGGAACAGAAAUCGGCAAAUUCCAGAUGCUGCAACUGACGCUACUCAAAGCGGUAUUGGACCUGCUGCUGCCAUUGCUAUGAAAACCACAUCUCCGGAUGACAUUAUGCCCGAAGCUGUUGAAGGGCCUAGCAAAACAGAGGGCGAUCAAAACUUGGAUAUAAUUGCGGAACCUUCCCAAGCUGGAGAGGAAAUCCCAAGGGAUACCAUGUAUCAAGAAGGCAAGCAAGAGACAAAUGAAGCGGGAAUCUAUGCAAUUGAGGGUAUGCCCAGUCCUGCAAAGACCCUCAGUUCGUCUGGGUCCCGAAAGCGCAGAUCUACAGAGGCAGAAAACAACGUCACUACGGAGAUUGGUAGUGUUACCAAUUUUCCGCACAAGAAAUUGAAACUGGAGGAUGGGGAACUCGAUCGACCGGUAGAGCACCAAUCGCAGGACAGCACCGACAGCAAAAAUACGUCGCACUCUUCUGACGACGGCGUGGAGGAAUCUAAGGCUGAUGAUGAAUCCCGCCAAAUUACGGAAGAUAUUGAAGGAUCGACUCCGGAGAAUACCACAGAGCCUACGACUGGAAAAGCAGUUCGUGGCGGGCGUAAUCGGGGGCGCGGCCGUGGCGGGCGUAGCAGAGCUGCGGCACGCUCUGGGUCAAGCAAACGAGGUCGUGGUGGCGCUCGUGCUGCUCGUGGUGGGCGCACUGGGCGCCAAUGUGAUCGGUCAAGUGAUAUCGAGCACGAUCGUUCCCCGUCCCCGAGUGCAGCUACCCAAAAACUCCGGGACCGUCAAAGGGAACUAGACAAGGCAUUCAGGAAGGUGGCAGCUGCCCAGCGACUGGCUUUGGCUGUCUUGGCUUCACAGUCCCAGAAAAAGCUCUCCCGUGAUAAAAACGCCCAUAAGAAUGUACCAGAGUAUGAAGAAAUUAAUUCGCUUCUCAAGGCGAGGCUCGAAGAGAGAGUGGAGAUUUUUCGCCACGAAUACGGGCUCAAAGUUGAGCAAGAAAACAGGCUCUUUGCUGCCAAUAAAGAAGCAGUCGAGGAAAGGUUUAAAGCGUCCGCUCGGCACAUCAAAGAGGAGCAUUUCUUUGCAAGCAAGGGAGAGUACAUGGCGUUCGUUGAAGGCCGACGUGCCGCAGAGGAUGAUGAACAUACUGAGACCGAUGACUCUGAAACUGAACCUGAGCGCAUUGUCCCACCAGCAAAGGAAGUCGUGAGGGGGUUUAACUCCUCCUUUGUGCGAAACCCUGCUGGGGCCGCUUCCUACGAUCGUGCUAGGUAUGGCUGGGAUGAUUUCGUUCAGCGUGCUAAGUUCGGCGAUGAUAUCGAUCCACGAAUGAAGGAGAUGAGGGAAGCCGGCCCGUUUGCUGGCUUUUCUGCUCGAGAAAUUAUCGACCUCCUACUAGAGGCGACUGGCAUCGUUGAGGUGCACCAGAAAGCUACCGCAGGGAAUCAGUUUAACCUUGCAUUACCUGAUACGCGCCCGACAGCUUUGUUCGCAUUGGCUGAUGCGGCAGCCGCUGAGCUUCCUCGUCCUACCAUAUCCCAAACCACACCGCGACUUUCGGCACACAGGGCCCUUCUUCCGCAGCCCUCUCAGGUGGCCCAUGGGCCGACGGAUCCUCGAUCCUUUGUGCUCCCACCUCCCACGCAGCGUCAGCAGCCCCGUCGUCUCCUCCCCGCAGGGCAGCAAAUUCCGCCCAUCAGUGAACAACUCGGUCUUCCAGAUCCAUUUACAAGUAGGGGUGGUCCUCCCCAGCUUCCCCCUCCUCCAGGGUCUAACUUCCAACGACCUCCGCUACCUAAUUACCUGGCAGGCCAUCACCCGCAGAGUUUGUAUUAUCCGCCGCCUCCUGGCCCUCGCCCUCCAUAUUAGACAAUUUCCGAUGGGCAGUGCAACCUUAUGUUCGUUUUUUAAUUUCCACUAUAUCGUGUCCUUUCUUUUUAUGCCAUAGGGAGCCUAUAUCACUUGAAUUUCUCAGUGUUCAAAUGUACGGAGCUUUGGUCUACGCUAAAACAGUAAUGC